AUUCUUGAAAGUUUGAAAGCAAGACGAUUGGUUGUAAACAAAGCCAGCUUCAAGGAAAACUUAUCGAGAUCGUGUAAUCAUGGAAGAAGUCAACACUCAACCUCUUAAUUCUGAGACCAUUUCGUUGGAUUUGCAAGCAGCGGAAAAGCCACCCAGCUAUGGACAAUUGGUGGGCAGCUCUUCGCUGUUCGGAACGAUUGAUCUUUGCAGUGAAAAAUUCAAAGUUGGUCGUGAUGCGAGAUGCAAUUUAGUGAUAGAGGAAAAGCACUUUCCACAGUCCAUUCGAUCCUUUAUCUCGAACGUUCACUUCAUACUGGAGAAAGAUCUGGAGGAUCGCUGCAGUCCUGCGUACAUUAUCGAUAAUUCAACCAACGGAACCUUUGUAAAUGGAAAACUAAUCGGUAAAAAUAAUCGCGUCAUCCUAAUGCACGGCAAUACCAUCUCGAUCGCUUGCUGUGCCAAUCUGUUUGUCUACUACCAGCACAACUACACCGUGCCGAAGGAAAUUGAAUCAGAAUCGUUGAAGCAAUCUUAUCACAUUGGGCGUACGCUUGGGUCGGGAUCUUUUGGGACGGUUUAUCUCCUCCACGACAUCACAACCUGCAUGCCGUACGCGUUGAAGAUCGUGAAGAAGUCUCGCGUCCGUGCGCAAAUGAGCAAUCCGUCCAGCUUGACGAACGAGGCAAAUAUUAUGAAGAAGUUAAACCAUCCUUGUGUGAUUCAGAUGUUCGAGUUUCUCAACGAACCGGGCUCGAUCUGCAUGGUGCUGGAGUAUAUGCAGGGAGGUGAUUUGCUGACGCGAAUCCUAGACAACGAAUACCUUUCGGAACGUAUUGCGAAGUUCUUCUUCUAUCAGCUAUGCCACGCUAUCCACUACCUACACGGCCAAGGAAUUAUUCACCGUGACCUGAAACCGGACAACAUUCUCCUAAAAGACAGCAACCUUUACACCCUGCUGAAGGUAUCCGACUUUGGUUCCAGCAAGUUCCUGGACAACACCAUCUUUAUGCGCACCAUUUGCGGGACUCCGGAGUACGUUGCACCGGAAGUCCUCGAGCAGGGCAAUCGGAAAAUGUACACCUGCCAGAUCGACAUCUGGAGUCUCGGUGUGAUACUGUACACGAUGCUGAGCGGUUUGCUGCCGUUUGGGAAACGAGAUGGCGUGGCGGACGUGGAGCAGAUCACGCGUGGUGAGUUUAGCCUAUCGCACCCCGUGUUCCGAAGCGUAAAGUCUUGCCGUGCUAAGAAGUUAAUUUACGACAUACUAAACGUUGAUCCACACUAUCGGCCAUCGAUCGAAACGUUGCUCCAGAGCAAAUGGUUUCGUGACUCGAGCGAUGUCCGGCAGGCGAGAUGUAUGAUGAACUUGCCGGUUAUGUCCUCGAACGAAUUGCCCUAACUUCGUGGUGAUCAUGUGUGUGAGUUAUUGAAUUGAAAUAAAAGAUCUGCUGCGUGUGGAGUUUGUAAUUACA